AUGUCCCUGGAGAAAGUGGAUGGUUUUGUGUUCGAAGAUGGUGGUUGGAGAGUUUGGGUUCUAGACGUGAGGUCCCAUGGUGACCGCAGAGUGCUGGACGAAGCAUUCAUGUGGGCAAUAAAUCUGCGACAUGUUGCUGAUUUGGUUUUGUAGGCAUUUGAAGCUCAAAUCCAUCAUGUGGAAAGCAGACCAGGCCGAAAGGGCAAAGUGGGGACAGAUGAUCUGGAUUUCUUCCUCAGGUGUGAGGUCAACAGUUCUGCUGUGAAUUCACUGCUAAACUCUUUAAAAAGAGUGGCUGAAGAUGUUCAUGCCAAUAAGGAGGAAAAAGUCCCUUGGUUUCCCAGAAAAAUACAGGAUCUUGACAGGUGCCAUCACCUGAUUACCAAAUUCGAACCAGAUCUGGAUCAAGCUCACCCGGGUUACCAGGACCUGGAGUACAGGGAACGCAGGUCACAUGUCGCCAGACUCGCGUUUCAUUAUAAACAGGGGGAGUCGUUACCGAGGGUGGAAUACACAACAGAAGAGAGAGCAACUUGGAAGGAGGUCUACACAAAGUUGUCCACAUUGUACCCAAGUCAUGCCUGCAAGCAAUUUCUGGAUGCCUUCAAUGUCCUGGAGAAACACUGUGGUUACCGGGCUGACAACAUCCCUCAGCUGCAGGAUGUCUCCAAUUUCUUGAAAGAGAGGACAGGUUUUUGCCUGCGUCCGACUGCAGGUCUCCUGUCACCCAGGGAUUUUUUAGCCAGCUUGGCAUUCCGAGUCUUUCAAUGCACUCAGUACAUCCGUCAUUCAUCAUCACCGAUGCAUUCUCCUGAACCGGACUGCUGUCAUGAGUUAUUGGGACACAUUCCUAUGUUGGCAGACAAACAGUUUGCACAAUUCUCACAGGAACUUGGCCUUGCUUCAUUAGGAGCUUCGGAUGAGGAUAUUGAAAAACUAUCAACACUUUACUGGUUUACGAUAGAAUUCGGGCUGUGCAAACAGAACGGAGUUCUGAAAGCUUAUGGAGCUGGUCUACUUUCCUCAUAUGGAGAACUUAUGAAAUGA